GGUUUCGGUUUGCUUCUUCCUUAACGCGUCAACCCGACUUCAUUCCCUCCCUCUACUCCCCCUUUCUCCUCCCGUGAAAGCUUCGGGGCGAAGGAAGCACUUUCCUUCUCCUCCUCAGAUCCCGUCCCCUUCUCGCUACCAGAUCUGUUUCUUUGGUUUUUCCAAGCAUUCGUAAUCUUCCUACAAUCCCUCGCUCCUCCCUUCUCCGCGUUCUCCAACGGAAAUGAGGACGCCGGAGACCAACUGGGAGAGGCUGGUCAGGGCAGCGUUGCGCCUGGAGCGGUUGGGCGUAGUCGUUAGCGAGCAGCAGCCCGUCAGUGGCGUCGCAGGAAAUGUCCCGUCCUCCCUGACAAACAACACACAUAUCGACGAGAUAUUGAGAGCGGCAGACGAGAUUGAAGAUGAGGACCCUAACAUUGCGAGAAUUUUAUGUGAGCAUGCAUAUUCCUUGGCACAAAAUUUGGAUCCUAACAGCGAGGGUAGAGGUGUGCUACAAUUCAAAACUGGCUUGAUGUCAGUCAUAAAGCAAAAACUUGCCAAGAGGGAUGGUCGAACAAUAGAUCGUAGCCAGGACAUUGCUCGUUUACAGGAAUUCUAUAAACAUUACAGAGAGAAGAACAAAGUUGAUGAAUUGCGUGAAGAUGAGAUGAAGAUGAGGGAGUCGGGUGUUUUUAGUGGCAACCUUGGAGAGUUGGAAAGGAAGACUUUAAAGAGAAAGAAGGUGUUUGCAACUUUGAGAGUCCUGGGAACGGUGCUGGAGGAGCUUACCAGGGAGAUGGCUCCUGAUGCUGUUCAGAAUUUGAUAUCAGAAGAGAUGAAGCGUGUGAUGGAAAAAGAUGCUGCAAUGACUGAGGAUGUAAUUCCUUAUAAUAUUAUUCCACUUGAUACACAAUCCAUUACAAAUGCCAUUGUCAAUUUACCAGAGGUGAAAGCAGCAAUAUUAUCUUUGAAGUACUAUGCCAACCUUCCUAAGCUUCCUAGUGAUUUUUCACUUCCUGCUACAAGGAGUGCUGAUGUGCUUGACUUGUUGCAUUAUGUUUUCGGGUUCCAGAAAGAUAAUGUCAGUAAUCAACGGGAACAUAUAGUUCACCUUCUUGCCAAUGAGCAGUCAAGGUUUGGGUGUGUUUUAGGCAGUGAACCUAAAAUAGAUGAAACUGCUGUAACCAGUGUCUUCAAAAAGUCUCUUGAGAACUAUACCAAGUGGUGCAACUAUUUGCCGCUUCAGCCAGUAUGGAAUAACAUGGAAAACCUUAGCAGGGAAAAGAAGUUGUUGUAUGUUAGUUUAUACUUCCUGAUAUGGGGAGAAGCUGCCAACAUUAGGUUCCUUCCAGAAUGUUUGUGUUACAUAUUUCAUCAUAUGGCAAGAGAAUUAGAGGAGAUAUUACGGCAGCCUAUUGCACAGUCUGCCAAGAGCUGUAUUUCACCUGAUGGAGUUUCAUUUCUCAGUCAACUUAUUUUUCCUCUGUAUGAUGUAAUUGCAGCUGAAGCUGCUAACAAUGACAAUGGUCGUGCACCACAUUCAGCUUGGAGAAACUAUGAUGAUUUCAACGAGUUCUUUUGGUCUCUUCGUUGCUUUCAGCUGGGUUGGCCUUGGAUGCUUAGCUCACCAUUUUUCACAAAGCCUAGCAAGAAUACAAUGGGCAUACUAUCUUCCGGUGGAAGCAAGCAUUAUGGGAAAACAUCUUUUGUGGAACACCGAACUUUUCUUCAUCUUUAUCAUAGUUUCCAUCGACUCUGGAUCUUUCUUUUUAUGAUGUUUCAGGGAUUAACAAUCAUUGCCUUCAAUAAUGGUGUGAAUUCGACGACAAUUAAGCAGGUUCUUAGCCUAGGUCCUACUUAUGUUGUGAUGAAGUUUAUAGAAAGUGUUCUAGAUAUCCUCAUGAUGUAUGGAGCAUUUUCAACAUCACGUCGAUCAGCUGUUACCCGAAUAUUUGGUCGUUUUCUAUGGUUUUCAGUUGCUUCUUUUGCUGUCUGCUAUUUUUAUAUUAAAGCACUGCAAGAUGGUUCCAGUUCUGCUGCUUUCAGAAUAUAUAUCUUUAUGAUUGGAAUUUAUGCUGCAUAUAAUCUCUUCAUUGGCUUCCUUGUGAGAAUUCCAUUCUGUCAUCGCCUAACGGAUUUAUGUUAUCGUUGGCGUAUUGUGCGUCUAGUGAGAUGGCUGCACCAAGAACAUUACUAUGUUGGACAGGGCAUGUAUGAGAGGACUAUUGACUAUAUUAAAUAUGUACUUUUCUGGUUGGUCAUUCUUGGCGGGAAGUUUUCAUUUGCCUAUUUUCUCCAGAUCAAGCCACUUGUAUCACCAACUAAAACUAUUGUCAAUUUUCGGGACUUGCAAUACUCAUGGCAUGAUCUGAUGUCUCGGAACAAUCAUAAUGCACUGACGAUUCUUAGCCUAUGGGCACCUGUUUUUGCUGUAAGUGUUGUUCUUAUAUGUUGUUUCCUUUGCUUCCUGCUGCAAAUUGCUGCUUUCGAGCACCAUUAUGGAAAGAACAAAAGUUACCCUGUCCUUGUUGGUUUUCUUAUGAACCAUUUUCUUGCUGAUUUGUUGACCAUGUUAAUGAACUACUUUCGUUACCUCACUGAUGUUUAUCGUGGAGUGAAAACAUAG